UUAAAUUGACUCAACAUUUCUACCUUCACUCACGUUUUUCGAAGCCAUCAGCAUACAAAAUGAGGCACUGUCUUUUAUUUGCGGCCGUUUUGAUGGUCACUGUUACCCUGUCGGCUGGACGCCCUCACAGAGAAGGAUCUCGGCCGUUUGGAUGGGGUUGGGGUCAUCAUCAAUGGCAACGACAGUCCACAACCUUCGCACCAACUUCCUCUGCUCCUGACGCACCCACAUCAUCUGCACCUGACGCACCUACAUCAUCUGCUCCUGACGCACCUACAUCAUCUGCUCCUGACGCACCUACAUCAUCUGCACCUGACGCACCCACUUCGUCAGCACCCGAUGCACCCACUUCCGCUGUUCCUGAUGCACCUACAUCGUCGGCGCCGGAGGAAUCAAGCUCGGUUGAUGAAUCAGUUCCAGCCCAAGAACCUGAAGUUGUAGAGUUGGAAGGAGGCGACGAUAUUCCCUCAGCGUUACUUGAUCGCGUACGACGUGCUAAUAAUGGGAAAGGCAAAGGAAAGGGAAACAAUAAGCAGAAUCAAGAUGGUGACGACGGGGGGAAUGACGACGGGAACGACGAUGGAGGGGACGACGAUGGUAACGACGAUGGCGGGGACGACGACGGGAACGACGAUGGAGGAAAUGACGACGGGAACGACGAUGGAGGGGACGACGACGGGAACGACGAUGGAGGAAAUGACGACGGGAACGACGAUGGAGGGGACGACGACGGGAACGACGAUGGCGGGGACGACGAUGGCAACGACGAUGGCGGAGAUGAUGAUGGCGACAAUGGUGGCGACGAACAGAGAAAGAGGCGUGACGCCGAUAGCGACGAAGACGACGACGAUGAUACGAGCGAGGAUAAAUAAAGCAAUCCAAUUAUAUGAACCUAAACACCUCUCUGUUUUUCAAAUUAUCUAAAUAAAUAUUAUGCAGAUUAGUUGAA